AUGCGGGCGCGGCUGUACGCGCUACUCUCGCGUCUGUGCGCGGAGUUUGAUCAGGCGAACACCGGCAGAGUCGACCUCGAUGAGCUGCGGGUGACGGUGCAGCGCGUGCUGGGGCCCGAGCAGGCGUGUCUGCUGCUCGACGGCGCGCAGCCGGACAAGGACGGUAAGAUACGCUACACGCAGCUCACGUCGCUAUUGACACGCCCGCCACCCCGGCAGAGGUGA